CGAGAAGUAUUGAAGCUGAACGGUGUUAAUUUUAGUGCUUCUCUUUUUCCAGACUUGUCACAAAAGAAUUCCUCCGUACUGAUAGUACCUGAACAUUCCACUGUUGUAAUGUUAGUGAGUAUAUACCUCGUAUGUGGUGUUCUAUCAAUUGCUGUUGUUUUCUUCUUACUUGAUAAACUACAUGAUGAAGAAAAGAAGGAAAGGCCACCCAUGUUUCGUCUGUUCUUUGCCACAUUACGUCAUGUCAAAGAUACUCGAAUGCUUCUCAUCAUUCCACUUACAAUGUACAGUGGCCUGGAACAGGGCUUUGUUUUUGCAGAUUUUACUAAGGUAGGAUAUAUUGUGAGUUGCCUUAUGCAAUAUAUCCUUACGAUAAUUACAUAAUGAAUUCUUCCUUGGCCUGGCUACCCCGCUCGCAUGAGUCAAGACAAAAGGUUAUUCGUUCAUGAUUCACGAGAACGAAGCUUCCGGGCUGAGGAGAGAUUUGUGAUGUAAUUAUGCCUUUAUGGAAAGGGUGUAUUAAUAUAGGUAAUUAUAAUAAUAGUCCAUCAUGGAUUCGAGUACAAUUUGGGAAAAGUACAUACAUGCAUUGAGUGAGUUUUUCAAAGACUACACGUUGGCCAAAUUUAGGAAUUCAGUUUCCCUACUCGUGCGUGCUCGUAUUGUCAACGGACAUAUUACACAAAUAUUAUAAUAUAUAAUUGCUCUGUGUAAAAUGCAAACCUUUCCAUUUUUCACCGAAAGUUCGCUAGAAAUACAAGCCUGCUGUAGAGGGAGAAAAUUUGCUGAAUAUGACCAGCUUAUUGAAUCGAGGUCUUGAAAGAACUCACGAAUGCAUGCAGCGUGUUUUUUUUUCACAUUCCACGACAAUCCAUGCUAUUAUACCGAUUGACAGUUCAUAAAGUAGUUCAUUAUUAUGCUCGUAGAAAGGUUUUCACCCAAAAAUGGAUUUUGGGGGGAAAUUUAAAAUAUAAAAAAUUCGCCAUAAUGUAAUACUGUCAGUAAGUUUGAGAGGGCGUGUAUCUAAUGUAUAAUUUGUUUCGUUUAGUCAUUUGUCACGUGCAUUUUCGGCAUAGACAAAGUUGGGUACGUCAUGAUAUGUUUUGGUGUUGCUGACUCACUGUUCUCCUACCUGCUUGGAAAGUUAACAAAAUAUGUUGGACGGAUACCAGUUUUUAUUUCUGGUGCAGUCAUACAUCUUGUUGUUUAUGUUGUUCUGCUUACCUGGAAACCUGACCGUGAUAUGAUUUCAGUUGCAUUCCUUAUGGCUGCACUCUGGGGAUAUACUGACGCUGUCUGGCAGACACAAAUUAAUGGUAAGAAGCCAUUCAAAACGCUGAGACGAUAAAAUAUCGUCCGCCGUGAGCAUAGGCGUACGGGACGGGGGGCAGGGGGGGGGCAGCUGCCGCGCCCCCCCCCAAAGAUUACAAAGUCGAAAAGUCGGGCAAAUGUUCAGCAAAAGUCGGGAAAAAGUAGUCAAAGCAAGAAAAUCUCUCUUAAUAAUAACCCCAGUUUGUUGGGCAAACAAAUCCAGUUGGGCAAUAUUCGCUUAACAGUCGGGCAAUAUUUGGUUAUUAUAAAAAUAAAUGGGACAAAUUCUGUCAAUUUUGUGGGAAAUUAUGUCAAUUUUUCGAUGUUUGGUAAAAUUUGUUUGAUGUUCCGAAAAAUUUUGGUUACUAAACCUCCCUCGGUUUGCGGGGACAUUUAAUCACUAAUUUCCCUCAAAGCAUGCGUUUACUUAUAAUAAUUGUAUACAAACAAUGAAUGUUUAUAAGUGCAAUGGUAAAAACAUGUUCAUGAGGUGAAAGAUGGAAUUUUCCAUUCCGCGAGUUUAAUUUUACAUUCUAUAAAUGUUAUCAAUUGAACAAAACAAAAUAUUUUAGUGAUUUUCACCCGCCAUUUUCCUUUGCACAAAUUAUGAGUUUGAAUUUAAUUCCAUCGGCCUCAUUAAAAUGGAACAAAACGUAUAGUAUAGAUAUGCACAGCUUUGCGUGUAAUGGAUGCGUUCCUUUGCACGCUCGGCAAAAUGGUAAUUUUUACUCUACGUAUAUCACGUAAUUAUAAUCAACCAUUUAAAUGGCCAGCAUUUUAAGGCCGUUUUCCACUAGGUGGAAUUUUCCGCGCGAAGCGAAUUUUUUCUUUGUCUUGUGAUUACUCGGAUGGAACUAAUUAGAAAAGACAAAGAGAAAUUCCGCUCCGCGCGCAAAGUUCCGCCUAGUGGAAAACGGCCUUAAGGCCGUUUUCCACUAGGCGGAAUUUUUCUUUGUCUUUUCUAAUUAGUUCCACCCGAGAAAUUACAAGACAAAGAAAAAUUCCGCUCCGCGCGCAAAAUUCCGCCUCCAAGACCUUAGGUUUGACUAUGUUAGUACUUGAAUUGCAUGGUAAAAGCCGGUAGUACUUACAAUAAUUCACAAAUUAAAGGUGAUAAACAAAUGAACAUAGGCAAAACUAGGGGAAAAUUAUUAACCUGCAAUCAAUGCCCAAUGUGGACCGAAUAUCAUUCAAUUGUAAUGUUAGAUAGUUAAUUGCCUUGCGAAGACUCUUGUAAUUUUAACUAAAAGUAGCUUCAUACUGUUUUGGACUGAAAAUGAAACUUCAUCUGUUGCUGUAUAACUUUUUUAUCGUUACAUAGUAAUUGCACGCUUUUUCAUUAUUUCUAGCAUUUUAUGGUGUCCUGUUUCAUGACAAUCAAGAAGCGGCUUUCUCUAACUAUCGUCUGUGGGAAUCAUUUGGCUUUGUCAUCAGCUUCGCUCUAAGCAGUGUUCUCUGUGUCAGGUAACCGGAUAUACUGUAAAUAGACAAAAUAGAUCAAUAGAGAAGAUAUUGCAUGGCCCUCUUGAAGAAAUGCAUGUAUACGCGACAUUGCAAUUGUGAUUUGCUGAAAAUGAUGCUGAUACAAAUUUACGCACGAUCGCUUAUACAUGCAGAAUAGCUAUUCAUUCAAAUAUUUUUAAUUAGAAUUUAUCGUACUCGGAACGUAUUACCAGAAUUGAUAUAGAGUGAUUGCCUCACAAAAUGUUCAUGUUUAAUGAUGUUUACGAUUUGUACAUGUUUAAAGGCACAGUUCAGCCUUUUGAAUGAUGGUUUUUAAGGCUCAUUUCAGCCUUUAAUUUUAAUUGAAAAAACUAACUAGGAAAAUCAAUUAUACAUAAUUCAAGAUCAGUAAACUCGAUGUUUUUAACAAUAACAAUGGUUUAAAAUGUUAAAAACAUUAAGUUUGCUGAUUUUGAAUUAUGCUUACUUGAUUUUCCUAGUUAGUUUUUUCAAUUAAAAGGACUGAAAUGCGCCUUAAAAACAAUCAUUCAAAAGGCUGAACUGUGCCUUUAAGAAUUAAUUUUGAAGACAGUAUUUCCUAAGUGCGACAAAUGCAAUUCUCUUGACUCUUCUGCCCAUGAACUGUUGCUGAGGCUAAAUACCGGGGGCUGAGGUUGAUAACACAAACUGAGUGAGGGCCCCGGCUUGAUAAUUCUGAUACUGUAGCUAUCUUGCGAAAACUGAAUUCAUGCAAUAAUUGUUUUAUUGUUCAUUUAAGAGAUGGAAAAGAUAUCGGCACUUGUGGCUUCAACUCGUCGAAGUUCAGAAAUAAAAUAAUGUGGCUUCAACUCGUCGAAGUUCAGAAAUCUUUCCUUUUUUCUUUCAUAAGUGCACGGCCGAAGGUGGCGCCAUAUUCUUUUCGUCGAGUUUUCACAUUUUGUAUUCGUAUUUCCACAGUAUUGCGUCAUAAUGUUGAGCAUGAUUUUUCAUAUUCAAUGAUAUGACUUCACUCGGUUGAAUAUUAUGUAAAACUCUAUCGUAUGUUUGGAUUCAUAUUAGAUUUCCGUCUAAGACGGGAAAUUCGUGUGACGGAUUUCCGUCUGGUAUGAAUAUGAAACGAAAACCAUCGGACUGAUAAACCCGAAAAAAUAGGAGACCCUCCAUCCCAGACUCUUUUCAACGUUACGAGCGGAAACGCGUCUUGAUUUAUUCGUCUGAUAUAAAUUUAAGACGAGUUUCCCGUCUAAGACGAGAAACUCGUCUAACUUUCCCGUCGUUCAGACGAGAAAGUUGGACGGAAAAGUUGAGACAGGAAACCCAUCGUUAACCGAAUUUAUAUUUGGACGAGUUUUUCGUCUCAGACGAGUUUCUAGCCUUAUUCCCUCGUUGGAAAUUUCAGGCGGCAAGCAUGCAGGCUAACGAGUUUCCCGUCUCAGACGGAAAUCCGUCUUCUAAUAUGAAUUCAGCUAAUCUUUUAAAUAAAUUAUAAUUAUAAUUAUUGUAAUUGUUUUGUAGGGUUAAGAUCUACAUCCUCAUUGCAGUACUCGUCAUAGGAAUGGCAAUGUACGCUGUUGUGGAGGUCGUACACAGACAGUCGUCUAAACGUUCUCAUGCUCAGAAGCCGUAAGGUCGAACUGAAUUAUAAUAUGCAUGCAGGAUUACAUUGAAUUAUUAUCGAUUUCAAUGCGCGAUUAAAUGCGCAUUGAAUUAUAUGCGCGAUUCGCAAGACUGUUGUGAAUAUUCCCAAUUACAUUUCUGAUUUUGGAUAAUCGGGCGUGGAAAUUGCGAAGGCAACUUCGCACGUUGCUUUAUACGAAAGUACCUAAGUGCUGAACUGAUGCUUUCGAAGUACUGAACAUAAACUCGCAAUGUUAUACUAUAUAGAGCCAGCAUAUAUUUGACGAAUUGUUUGUUAAAGUUGUUAAGAAAUAUACGUUUAAUUCGUUGCAUAGCUACAGUAUAUUAGUGCAAAACUGCGCUGAAAAAUUGCAAGUUUGUUUCCAGUACUUCGGUACAUUUUUAAUAGACAGUAUGCAACUUGCGAAGUUGGUUGCAACUACCACGCGCAAUAUUCCAAAUUUGGAAACGUAAUUGGAAUAUUCAAAGCAAACUCGAGAAGUGCGCUUUAAAAGUGGCCUAAAAUAGACAGUAAUAGUUACUUUGUAUAGAAUAUUAUCUAAAGUGAGAAGGAAAUAUAUACUGGGUU